AUGCAAUCAAAAGAAACAAAUACCAACGACAACGAAACCGAUGCAGACAAUGAAAACAACAAGCGACAACAGAGAGAUUCUGCUACCCAAACGGUGAAAAAAGAUCACAACAGCCACAAAAAGCCAAAAGACAAGCCCGCAUAUGAGCAAAGAGCAGGCUCGGAGACAGGCCAUCGUCUUAAUGUGGCCAUCAUUGGAGAUUCCAUGGUGAAACAUCUAAACCCCUCCAAGUUGCGUAAAGGCACAAAGCAUAAUAUCAACGUGCAAACCUUCAGUGGAGCCAAUGUUGCUGAUAUGCGUUACUAUGUGAAACCAGCAAUAUCAAGAUCCCCUGACUAUCUGCUCCUACAUGUUGGAACUAAUGACUUAAAGCAACAAACCCCUCAACAAAUAGCUGGGUCAAUUUCUACGCUUUGCCAGGAAAUCGUAAAGGAAUCACCAAAUACUAAGAUUGUAUUAUCGAAAGUUAUAACCAGAUCUGAUGACUCAAGCCUAGAUUCCAAAAUCAAAGAACUAAAUUGCAAACUAUCACAG